GCACCCUCUGGUGCUUGCUAGUCUCCAAAACUUAUUUGUGUUGCCUGCUUUGCAGAUUGUCUUCCUUGUCUCUGUGGUUGCUCAUUAUUCAGAGACAGGCGGAUCUCAGGUCAUCUGCAGCUGCAGCAACGGAGAAGCAGGAAAGAUGGCGAUCAUCCAUUAGACCGGACGCACGCAUGAAAUACAGGACAACUUUUAGGAAGAAGAUCGCUUCUCCACCAGAAGAAGACAUACCUGUUUCCCUGAUUUUCCAGGGAGUCCUCAGCGAUGGAGGUGCUACAGUGCGAUGGCUGUGACUUCCGUGCUGAGUCGUACGACGACCUCAAGACCCACAUCCAGGAUGUACACACGGCCUUCCUGCAGCCCACUGAUGUUGGAGACGGAGAGGGGGACGGGAGUCCCUGCCAGUCCAGGUCAGACUCUCUGAACUCCCCCAACCAGACAGAGGGGGAGGAAGAGCAGAAUAAAUCUCCACAAACUGAAACGGACUUUUCAAGUUCGAACCAAAUGCCAUACAGCAAGUCAGCAAACCAUCCCAACAAAACUGCAAACCAGUUAUUCCAGUGCAAAAUCUGUGUUCGUUACUUCAGAUCAAAAUGUCUGUUGUCUGAACACACCAAGAAGGUACAUGGAACCUCACUAAGUGGCGGGAACUCACCAGCCUCCCAUACAUCCAAACAGUCCAACUAUAACAUCGUUAUCCAUGACAGUCUUGGGAAAGUGUUCUCCUGCCAGUAUUGUACAUACAAGUCUCCACGCAAAGCCAGGAUCCUGAAGCACCAGAAGAUGUAUCAUAAAGGAAAUCUGGACCCCCCAGAAUCUCUGUCUGAGGCUGUUGAUGACCCUGAGGCAUUAUCGUCCGAGGAACCCAGUGAGGAACUAGCAGAGGAUGUGGUAGAGCGUGGUAUCCUAGAGUCCAUGGUUAAACCUCUGGGGAAGUCAAGGGGAAACCAAGAGCUUCGAAGAGAGUGGUGUGACAACAUGAUGAAAAAGCACCGCAACAUGGUGAAAAUGAUCUCAACCAUCCAGCCGGGUGGAGAAGGAGAAGGAAGCACAGGCUCAUCUAAAUCUGAUUCCCCCUCCUCCCCCAGAAGCCCUCCUAACUCCAAAAUGGUUUUCAAAGACCUGAGUGGCAAUGAAGGCUCCUCUGUAGUCAACUCCUCAGUUUUCAAGCUCAACAAGCCUGCCUCUGGGAUAUCACCCUAUCAGUAUUCACAGAUUCAAUCGGUAGCGCCCAACAGCACGGGAUCCUCCAUUUUGUCUGACAGGUCCACCUUCGUCAUGUCCGAUGUUUCCAACUGUGCCAUGGAGAUGGAUUUAAGUAUGCUUGACGACUCCAGGAGCACCUCUGAGGAAGAUGACGAGGAACUGGGUGAUGAGGAUGAUCCCAAUUACACCGAUCCCUUGUCAACUGGGGAUUCUGCCAAGCAGCUUCUGUCCGAAGAGGAUAACAAGAUGCUGGAGACUAAAGGGAUACCAUUCAGAAGGUACAUGAACAGGUUCCAGUGUCCUUUCUGCUCUUUCCUCACCAUGCAUCGCAGAAGCAUCUCCCGUCACAUUGAGAACAUACACCUAUCUGGGAAGACGACAGUAUACAAGUGUGAUGAGUGCCCCUUUAUCUGCACCAGCCCUCUCAAGUUAGGCACGCACAAGCAAAGUCACUCCUCAGACUGGGACACCAUGGACCUGACCAGUGAAAGCCCAGGUCCUCAGAAUAACGAGACACCAGAAUCAGUGAACGGAGGAAACGUCGCUGCUUCCAAAGUCAAUGGGAAAAAGCUAAGUAAUGUGGGCAAUGAUCUAAACCAGCAAAAUCCUCAUCGCUGUACACUCUGUAGCUUCUCGACAACCACGCUGAAAGGGCUGCGAGUUCACCAGCAACACAAGCACUCCUACUGUGACGACAUGCAAGCUGCCAGCUUGGAAGGCUCUACAAAUGAGCAGCAGGACUUGGAAUUGGAAACAUUCUCCAGUUCUCCGAGCCAGGUACAAAAAACACAGACUUCAAUUCUAGGACUUGGAUCCAAAAAGCACUUAACUGGGAAAACUGCAAGGAAGUCCAUCAAUGAUCUACCUUUGGAUCUGUCCCCAGUCAAGAAGAGAACUAGGAUUGAUGAAAUUGCCAACAACCUUCAGAGCAAGAUCAGUCAACAACAGGAGGAUCUGGUGAUUAAUCUGGAAGAAAUGGAUGAUGAAGAGGAAGGAGAGCUCAACAUGAACGAAGAUGCAGGCAGAGACAAGGAGGAGAACAACAGCGAGAGUAAAAAUCAUGGCUACGUUUACAACAAGCUUUACGAAGGUCGGGUGGGUAAAAGAAAAAGAACCCUCACGUCAAAGCUAAGAAACAUUCCCAUCGCAAUGACACUCUCUGACGAUGAGGACAAGGAGUCUGUUGAUCUUAAAGCGGAUCUCCAAGACCAGAGCAGCCAAGACAGCCGGGACACUUCUUUCCAGGAGAACCUCGACUAUACAGAGGACUCAGGGAUGGCACGAUUCUAUUGCAAGCACUGUGACUACCAUAACAAGUCAGCCCGCAGUGUGAGCACCCACUACCAGAGAAUGCACCCCUACAUUAAGUUUAGCUUUAGAUACAUCCUCGACCCUGAGGACCAAAGUGCCGUAUUUCGUUGUCUGGAGUGCUUCAUCGAAUACACCAACUUCAACAACCUUCAUGAGCACUACAUGGAUCACCACCCAGAAGCCAGCAAUGUGCUGAACUUCAACCAGCCAGAUUUGGUGUACAUGUGCCGCUUUUGUUCGUACACAAGUCCAAACGUCAGAAGCUUGAUGCCCCAUUACCAAAGAAUGCACCCUGAGGUGAAAAUAAACAACGCUAUGAUCUUCUCGAGUUACGUGGUGGAACAACAGCACAAGGGAGCAGAAUCUCAAACGCUGAGAGAAAUUUUAAAUUCCGGUCCCAAGAGUUUCACAUGUAGCUCCUCCACUUCCACACCCAAGUCCUCGUCCAGUCCUGUGCUCAAAAGUGUUGCAAAGACACAAGAUUCAAGCUCUGAGACAGAGGCCCUGAAAGAGGUUGGUAAUGUUGUGGUCUAUGACUGUGACAUAUGCUCCUUUGCUAGCCCUAACAUGCACUCUGUAUUGGUUCACUAUCAGAAAAAGCACCCAGAGCAAAAGGCCUCAUAUUUCCGCAUUCAGAAAACCAUGAGAGUUACCACAGUCGAUAGGCCACAGUCAGCAGGCAACUCUUCUUACAACAUCAAUAUACCAACCCCUGCUAAGUCGCCAAGCGCCGCCAUGCCAUUUGGUACAGAUGAGGAGAUAUACUACUGUAAACAUUGUGUGUACAGCAACCGCUCUGUAGUGGGAGUUCUUGUCCAUUAUCAAAAGAGACAUGCAGAAAUAAAGGUGACUGCGAAAUACAUCAAGCACGCCGCUCCCACCUCUGGGUUGAUGAAACUAAUGGAUGAGCUUCAGAUUGCACCCCCAAAGCAGUUUCUCAAACAGUUCAACAACAAUGGAUUUGAUGGGUCCAGCAAUUCUCACGCUAGAGUUGUCACAGAGAAAGGAGAAGCAGAGAUGCUUUUCUUCUGUCAGCACUGUGACUACGGGAACCGCACUGUAAAAGGAGUGCUUAUUCACUACCAGAAGAAGCACAGGGACGCAAAGUCCAAUGCUGACCUUGUACGCCGGCACACUGCAGUGGUCCGCAGUCAAAGAGAGCGAGCGCAGAUGGGCCAGUCAGGCACUACCGCCUCUGCCAUAGCCCCUGCUGCUCCCACCGAGACCGAGGCAUCCUCCGGAUGUCUUCGCUCACUGAAGUGCAGGCACUGCUCUUAUACAUCUCCAUACGUGUACGCAUUGAAGAAGCACCUGAAGAAGGAUCAUCCUACUGUGAAAGCCACAGCCAUGACCAUUUUACACUGGGCGUACCAAGAUGGCAUCCUGGAGGCUGGUUAUCACUGUGAGUGGUGCAUCUACUCCCAUGCGGAACCCAACGGGCUGCUAAUGCAUUACCAAAGACGCCACCCAGAGCACAAUGUUGACUACACGUACAUGGCCAGCAAGCUGUGGGCUGGGCCUGAUACUACCGCCUCCCAGCCAGGGGGGAACGCUGGGGACAGUAAGCACUACCAAUGCAGAGAUUGUGCCUUCGAGGCGUGCUCCAUCUGGGAUAUUACCAACCACUACCAAGCUGUCCACCCCUGGGCCGUCAAAGGGGAUGAGUCUGUGCUAUUGGACAUAAUCAAAGGUCCAAGAUCCCAAGAGAAAGUCCACCCCUCAAUGGCUAAAGGACCACCUUUCACUUUUCUUCCAACUGCUCACGAUGAAGGACCACUGGAUAUCCCUACCUCACCUCAAGAGCACCAACACCACCAAUACCAUCCCAGGCUCUCCCACACAAGCAACUCGAUCUCCAACAACCCCUACCAGUGCACUGUAUGUCUGUCUGAGUAUAACAGCCUACAUGGACUUCUGACACACUAUGGCAAAAAACACCCAGGCAUGAAAGUCAAGGCGGCUGACUUCGCACAAGAAGCUGAUAUAAAUCCAAGUUCGGUUUACAAGUGCCGACACUGUCCAUAUGUGAAUUCACGCAUCCAUGGAGUUCUUACUCAUUACCAGAAGAGGCAUCCAUUGGUGAAAGUCACCGCUGAGGACUUUGCGGAUGACAUCGAGCAGGUUAAAGAUAUAACUGAAGUGGAUGACAAGUGCAAGACCCAAAGACAGGGUUAUGGAGCAUACAGAUGCAAAAUGUGUCCGUACACUCAUGGAACAUUGGAGAAACUGAAAAUUCACUAUGAAAAAUAUCACAAUCAACCAGCUUCAGAUAUGUUCAAGCCUUCCCACGUGCCAUAUUCCACUGUGAAAGAUGAGGUGGUCGCUGAAUGCAGUGCCACAAGUGUAUCAUCAGAGGUACAAGAGGUUAGCGAAUUCAAACUUGCUCUCACCCAGUUCCCUAUCAACAAAGGAGAGACCCAUGCUGUGUUUAGGUGUCAGCUCUGCAAGUACUUCUGCUCAACCAGAAAAGGCAUAGCUCGACACUACCGCAUCAAGCACAACAACGUCAGAGCUCAACCGGAAGGCAAGAACAACGUCUUCAAGUGUGCUCUCUGUUCAUACACCAAUCCAAUUCGCAAAGGCCUGGCGGCACAUUACCAGAAACGUCAUGACAUUGAUGCUUAUUACACACAUUGCCUGGCAGCCUCCAAGACUUUGACGGAGAAGCCCAGUAAAGUGGUUGUGCCCGUGGCAUCGGAGGCUGAAGGGUCGGAGCUGAGCGAGGAGCUACGAUUGGCCGUGGAGAGGAGGGAGUGUUCGCUCUGUGCGUUCCAGGCCUUCAGCAGGAAGAGCAUAGUUUCACACUACAUCAAACGCCAUCCAGGAGUCUUCCCCAAGCGGCAACACACCAGCAAGCUCGGACGCUACUUCACUGUGCUCUAUGCCAAAGAACCUGAACAUGUUGAAGAGGUAACAGAAGUGGUGGAGGUUGAACCGAAGCCCGAACCAGAGGGAGAGGUUGCCGAGUGGCUGCCUUUCAAGUGUUUAAAAUGCUUCCAGCAAUUCAGCACGGUGAGACUUCUCUCCAUGCACUACAAUGAUCAUCACAGUGGCAAGGACCACAAACAGGACUUUGUCAUCCACCCCAGCCUCACGGAAGAUGGGAUGGAGACAGAACUCUAUCAGUGUUCCCACUGCGAGUUGAAGUUCCUGGGCCUUCCUCUCCUCAGCACUCACCUGAUGAACCAUAACGAGGAGUUCCAGAAGAGGGCGAUGCGGCAAGAGAGGAGGAAACAGCUCCUUAGCAAGCAGAAGUCGUCCGAGCCACCGGAAACAAAGCCUGAGAAACUGGUGAAUAAUGCUGACAAAGCACCGAUUGGCUACAGGUGUAACUUCUGUGUGGAGGUCCACCCUACUCUCAGAGCCAUCUGUAACCACCUGAGGAAACACGUCCAGUACGGGGAGGUCAAAGAGGGCCAUGUCAAGCAGGAAGUCGCAGAUGUGCCGUUGUCCACCAUCCCGGCUGAGAGCAGCCUCACUAACGGGGAGGUGGAAGAGGUGACCAACGACUCUGUCAUGGAGUCAGUCCCCAAGGACCUGACGAUGGUGGCCGCUGCGAUGUGCCCGGUGGUCGCCGGGGCUGCUGUUGCCAUGGAGACGGCAGAGAUGGCAGUUGGGAUGUCACCGGUGGUUGGGGCGGCGGUGUUGCCCGUUGACCAGGUGAAGGAGAGGCCUAUUGGGGGACACCCGUGUGCCCAGUGCGACCGUGUCUUCAUGUCCAUGCAGGGGCUGAGGUCCCACGAGAGGAGCCACUCAGCCAUGGCCAUGUUCACCAGAGAGGACAAGUACAGCUGCCAGUACUGCCAGUUUGUCUCCCCCUUCAGACACAAUCUGGACAAACAUGUGCAGUCUCACCACAGGCACCACAAGCCGUUCAGAUGCAAGCUCUGUCCUUUUAAGUCUGCUUACCUGAGCCGAUUGAAGAGUCAUCUGCACAAAGCACACCCAGGCGAGAACACGUAUAAGUGCUUGUCCUGCCCCUUCUCCUCAAUGACUAUCAGCCAACUGAAGGAGCACUCUCUGAGGGACCAUGGACAGGCCCUGACCCUCCCCAAGCUGCGCGCUGGCACUACCACCCACACCCAGGUUCCCCAGGCCGGCCACGCCCCCCAGAUCAGGCCCUUCAGGCUGGGCUCAGAUCCUCACCAGACACCCCUGACCUCUGACCUUGACGACGGUGGGUACCUGCAUGAGACAGCGGACGUGAGGCGGCAGCUCAGUCACUACCAGGUGGCGUCUCGUAGUCAUGUGACAUCCUCCAGCCCCACCGCCCGGCCCCAGGCUGCGAGCUCUGACACCCGGCCGGACGGCAUCCUGACCUGUGAGUUCUGUGAGUUCAGUUCGGGAUACAUGCAGAGCCUGAGACGCCACUACAGAGACCGACACGGAGGCAAGAAGCUGUUCAAGUGCAAAGACUGCUCCUUCUUCACCUGCUCCAAGUCGACAUUCACCAUGCAUGUGGAAGCAGGACACACUGUGGUUCCUGAGGAGGGUCCCAAAGACCUACGCUGUCCCCUCUGUCUCUACCACACCAAAUACAAGAGCAAUAUGAUCGACCACAUCGUCCUGCACAGGGAGGAGCGUGUGGUGCCCCUGGAAGUGUCUCGCUACAAGCUGUCUCGCCACCUGGCCGGCGGGGUGUUCCACUCCAGCAACCAGAGCCUGCAGAUGCACAUCACCAAGCACGACGAGAUGAAACCCUACCAGUGCCAGCUGUGCUACUACGACAGCAGGCAGCGCUACCAGCUGGAGACACAUCUCCGAGACGAGCACAAGGUGAUCCGUAACUUUGAGUUGAUGGGGCAGGUCAACCUGGAUCAGCUGGAUGCUAUAAAGGAGAGGGACAGUAGUGCCGAGGAGGAAGAGGAGAGAGAGGAGGAUGGAUUAGGAGCGAUGGAGGAAGAGAUUGUGGAGGAUGAAGUGGAGAUGGAGGAGAGUAUGGAUGAAGAGCUAGAGCAGAAGGAGAAGAGGAUUGAAGAGGAAGGGGCAGAAAAGCCAGCUCCAAAAGACGUCCCAGUAGUUUCCCCCAGCAGCAGCAGUGUGACUGCCUCCGCUGAAAAGCGCUUCCCCUGUGAGUUCUGUGGUCGCUGCUUCACUAACAGCAUAGAGUGGGAACGACACGUCCUCCGACACGGCAUGACUGUUACCAACAGCAGAACAGACACUAGCACCACCCCAGCAAUAGACGCAUCAGCCUCAGCUCUGCCUUCUAUUGGCUCGUCGACCAUUGGGACGAUGACGGACAGAGGAGUGGACCUAUCUAGCAACGGCAUGGAAGUGGAGAAAGAAUAUGCCUCCGACCUAUUACAGAGUAGUAACAAUCUGAAUGAGGAAGACAACAAAGAAAUGCUUGAAACCAAAAAAUGACAUAUAAGAAGAUGGAAGAGAAGAGUACUGGGGCCUAACAUUGUAGUCACUUUGCUAGAGACUAUACAUUAGGUUGGAUUGAUAUUGAUAUUGGGUUGUGUAUCAAAAAUAGGCUGCUAAAGAAAGAAAAUAAAAUUAUGGGAACAAAAAAGAAUGAUCACCUUUUGGAGUAUUGUUAGAUUUUAAGUGUUACAUAUUGGAAACUAUAGGCUGUGUUACAUCCUACAUUUUUUAAAUGGCUGAACCUUAAAAUGAGUCAAUGGUCCCAUAGGACAGAUGUUAAUAUAUUGGUAACCAAUAGUGAAUGUUACUGUAAAGCACACAUUAUGGUCAAAUCUGCAGUUUCUACAGUUCAAAGUCCUAGUUCAUGUCUACUAACUACAAUAUUUUGUAGAAAGAAAGAGUGGGUCACAUUUCCCAAAAACGUGUUUGAAGUUGUGGGAAGAAAUGUUGGGAAAACAUUUUUGAAAUUGGGGGAAUUUUCUUUUUAGAUAUACGUAGAUAUACUGACCCCUUGGAAGUUCCAAACGAGGGGUUCUAUAAAUAUAGAUAACCUACUGUAUGAGCUACCACAUUUAGUUCCCUGACCCCCUUUUAACCUCACUGCUACCAACAAGAUCCUAAUAUACUUAUAAUCCCAUCAUCUAGUGUUGUAAUGUUGAGAGACAGGCUGUGUGUGAGAGAUGACUCACCAUGAUCUGGGCCUGUAUUCAUAAAACAUUUCAGAGUAGGAGAGCUGUUUUGCCUUUUAGACCAAACUGAAUAUGAUUAUAUGGACAGGGGGGGGGGGCUGAUCCUAGAUCUGUCUUCUCAACUGUCACUCUCCACCCCGUCCAUACUAGCUGUAAAACAUACAGUAAAACAUACAGUAGAACGGUUUCUGUGAUUUGACCCGGAUGAUAACUUUACAUUAGUUAAUUUUUAGCCUUGUGUUAUUAAUCAAGUAGAAUCAUUCCUUGAGGAAUAGUUGCACCUUAUUUGUCUAUAGUAUAUUUCAAACGUUGAUUUGUUACAUUUUUAGAAUAUUGACUUGACUUUUGCCCCAAAGUUUAUAUAUAGCAAAUUGUUAUAUACAAUAGUACCCUUGAAUAUGAUCAAUAUGCCUUCAGCCUUAGGCAUUCCCAGCACUUCCACUCUUUAAUACUGCUUUUAUUGUCUAUUGUCCAUCUUCUGACAGUUGUAAAUUUGAACGUGAACUGACACAAAUGUCCACCCAAAAUGAUAACCAGCAGUUAAAUCAAUAACGUUUAUUAUUGUGGCAUUGAUUGGUUUCCUUGUUAUUUUGGUUUAUCGAUAACAAGUUAGAUGUUGUUGUAAAACCUGCACUGUAGUCUGUGAUACAGUACAUGUCACCAAUGUCAGAAGAACAUAGAGAGAAUACUGUACAUCCUGAAGCUAUAGUUUCUCUUUCUGACAUUAACAUGGGGAAAAUGGCAUGAUGUAAGCAGAUAAUUCACUUCAUCAACAGAUAAUUGUGACAGCAUUUAUAAGAGAACGUGUAAGUAUGCUAGAGAAACGGAUUAUAAAUGUGACUGACCAGCAAUGUGAAAGUACAACACUUAGGUGUUUAACUUACAUUUUGCAGUGUAAAGUGCUGUAUUCUAUGAUUCUAUUAUUGUGUAUGAAGAUGAUUCUGAAGAGUCUGUUCUUCUGUAUGCUUCUUUUUAGACUACGCUGUUUUGACCAAUAAGGCAGAGAUUGUAUAUGUUAGAAGUUGCUGCUCAAAUACCCCAAAGCCUUAUUAGAAUAAUGAAUAGCAAUUAUUUCAAGCUUCGUCAAUAGAAAUGCUUUCUUUCCAACACUGGUUGGUUGGAACCGAUACAAACCAAUACAAAGUGAUUGACAGUGUAUCUGUAAUAUGACUCCUUCGAGCCAUCAAAGGAGAAACGCAAAAAAUGGAAAUGUGCUCUUGGUACCAAAAUAUUUAGCUGGCUAUGUUUGCUACAAUGUUCUUUCCUGAGUAACGAACCAUUGUUGCAAAGGGGGUCGGAACCCAGAGACAUAAAUACAUGUAUAUGUGGCUCUGGUAAAAUCCUAGUCCCCUAUAGGGUGCAUUCCGAGAGUCAUGCAUGUACGUAUGUGAUAUGCAGUUGUGUAUAGAAAAACAAACUACUUGUCAAGUGUUUGAAACUGUGGUGUUUCAGAAAGGAAAUGUUUACCUUUUUCCUUUAGGUGUUGGUCUCAUAUUAAACAAAUAAACAAAACAAAAAGAUCAAGUAAAAAGAUUUUAAAAAAACUUUGGAGUGAGCUGUUUUUCAGACUCCCAAAUCAAAAUGUUAUAAUAAGCUGUUGUACAACGUCUGGUUGAUAAGAAAUAUGUCUUCUUUUAUUUUGUACCUUUAAAAACAACAACAUGGGGGUGAUUUGGUGCUGAAUCUUUUACCCCUCCUCCUCCUAUCCUUUAAAAGGACUAGCUUAGCUUUUUAAACAUUAACCCAUAGAGAAAUGUUUGUUUGAGGAAAUAAGCUUUUUGAAGUGGGGUUAAUUUGGGAUUUUGUGAGGUGGUUGGAACUGUCCUGUCUCUCUGUAUCCCAAAUUGGCUGCUUUUCCAUUGUCCAUUUUUAAUAGACAUCUGUUAAAUACUCACUGUAUUCAGUGUCCCACUGUACCAUAAGGUGGCGGGACUUUGUUGGUUGUUGGUCUCACCCCUUCCUCCCACCUCCCAAUUGAACCCCUGCUCGUCAUAACACACUGGAUACUUGUAUGUACAUAUUUAGUUUGUUUCCAUGAUGUUUCUCUCCUCUUCUUCUCUUCAGACUGUUCUCUAUUGUUUGACUACCUUAGAUUCUCCAUCUUGCCUUUCUCCUGUGAAAAUCUGAUUCCUGAUGGUGGGUUGUGAUAUUACCUAGAAUGAUUGUUUACAAUUGUAUUCCAUUUUAUCUCUGGAUAUUCUGUAAAUAUUGUAACUCAUUGUCUUUUUUUAACUUGUUAAUAAAGUUAUCAGAUAACGGUA